UAUUGAUAAUUUCCUUGAAACCACAGCUCUGCACCAGUUUCGCGUCGAUCGUUGAGCUGUGCGUUUCAGUUAUUUGACUUGUUCCUCAAAUUAUUGUUUAAUAAAAUAAAUUUGUAUAAAAUAAAUGACAUAAAAAUGGGCAAAAAUAAAAAUAAAGGAAAGAAGGGUGUACCUGAGCUUGCGAAGAAGCCUUUAACAAACAAUACUGGCAAAACUGAUACUGAUAUUUGCUCUAGAUUCAAGAAUAAACUUAGUUUCAAAGACGAUGUGGAAAAGACACCGGGUCCGUAUGUGCGAAAGCCUCAUCUUCAUCGUCCGUUUUAUCGUAAUUUUAAGCAACCAGAUUUCGGACAUUUCGAGGUAGAGGAAGAACUGGAAUAUUAUUAUCCAACAAAUGAAAUGAAGAUGGCACAAGAGAAUCGGUUUGACAGUAUAUUUCUGGCACAAAAUGACAAUAUUAUAAAAGACUACAUAAACACAAAAGAAUUAACGCCAAACAACGUUCGUAAGAUUUUCCAAAUGUUAAUAGAAAUAGAGGAUCUUCACACUAUGCAGCCGUAUUGCCAAAUAUAUCUCAAAAAUGUAACAGUGACUAAAAGUGAAAACUAUAUAAAAUUUAAUAUAAACAUGCCAUCAUAUAUUAAAAUUGAUAAAGUACUCAACCCUUUAAUGGAUGAGGUAGUCUUUGUGCCUCUGUUGGGUCGUGAAAACAAUCAACUUUCUUAUCCCGUUGAUCUACUUUUAAACCAUCCACAUGAGUCACUAGGAAGGGAUAACAAGCUUUUUCGUGAAGUUGGCUUACUUGAUAAACUGGAGAGAAAAAUCGCAUAUGUGGAAAGCUCUAAUCCACACUUCAAUAGUACUAAAGAAUAUGAUAUCAUAUUUCGCUCACGUCGUAUGUCUGUUCGUUAUCAGCGUCGUGCAUUGGAAUUAUUGGAUGAAGUGCGUCGUGACUAUAUGUUCCCCAACAUAAACCCUCAUAAAGAAGAGGAAACCAGGGAGGUUAAAUUAGAAAUAAUUAAUAUACAGAUUUGUGAGAAUCCCGAACAAUUACAAGCUGUACAACAGAUUUUCGGCGGUGCGAACCCUUAUGCGCCAUACAUAGUCGUUGGUCCACCGGGUACCGGAAAAACGAUCACAAUCGUUGAAGCCAUUUUACAGCUUUACAUUAACCGACCUCAAUGUCGAAUUUUAAUUACUGCCAGUACAAACUCGGCAUGUGACAAAAUUGCGCUAAAAUUAGGUGAACAAUUUGAAAAUAAUCCAUUACUUCGAAAAUUAUCAUCACAACGUUCAAAUCCGCCCACCGAUAUGUUACGUGUCUUCUCAGAGUCAUUUUGUAAGAAGGAUAUAAAAAAUGUGAGUCGUACAAUCUUAGAGCAUUCGAAUUAUUGCGAACGGGAAUGCAAAUCGCCAUCUGUGGAAGUGUUGCAAAAAUACAAUAUAAUUAUAGUGACACUCAUGACUAUGGGUCGUUUACGUACUGGCACCACGGGCGAUUGGCCAUUUACACAUGUUUUUAUUGAUGAGGCUGGUGCCACUAUGGAGACGGAAGCCUUGAUUGCCAUAACAAGUGUUGAUACGAAAAAUUGUCGUGUAAUCUUAUCAGGAGAUACGAAACAAUUGGGACCGGUUAUCAUGUCACCGAUAGCCGCUGAGCUCGGUCUGAAAUCUUCGCUAAUGGAACGUUUGCUCCAACGCAAUUGUUAUGCGGUUAAUACUGAUGGUACCUAUGAUUACACCUUACAGACACGUUUGAGACGCAACUUUCGUUCGCAUCCGGCAAUUGUGAAUAUCUAUAAUCAUCUCUAUUAUGGCAACGAAUUAUUAGCCAAAGUCAAUUUAGAUAAUUUAAUGAGUUGUAAAAAUAUAGAAAUUUUAAAGAACAAAAAAUCUCCAGUGUUUUUUCUAGCAAUUGGUGGAGAACUUGAGAAAUCUUCAAGAUCUUCCCUCGAUGCACUUAUAUGGAUAAUUAAAAUGUUGAAGACAAAUAUCGAUGAUAUUGGAGUAAUUUCUUCGUACAAAUUACAAUGUAGACACAUAAUGCAAAAAUUGAAGCAAGAAAAUAUUCGAGGUGUUGAAGUGGGUACCGUUGAACUAUUUCAAGGUGGAGGAAAACACAUCAUUAUUGCUUUUGGCUUUACCGGCGAUCCAAAGCGCCUCAAUCUUGUUCUAUCACGUGCACAAUCACUACUCAUACUCAUAGGCAAACCACAAACUCUGCAACAAAGUGAUGAUUUUGUAUAUAUAAUAAACGAGUGCAAAAAUAUGGACAAUUAUUAUAUUUUUAAACAACCAGAUUUCGGACGUUUCAAACCAAUCAAAGACCUGGAAGAUUAUUAUCCAACAAAUGAAAUGAAGAUCGCACAAGAGAAUCGGUUUGACAGUAAAUUUCUGGCACAAAAUGACAAUACUAUAAAAGACUAUAUAAACACAAAAGAAUUAACGUCAAACAACAUUUGUAAGAUAUUCAAAAUGCUAAUAGAAAUAGAAGAUCUUCACACUAUGCUGCCAUAUUGCCAAAUAUAUCUCCAAAAUGUAAAAGUCACUGAAUGUGGAAAACAUUUUAAAUUUUAUAUAAAUGUACCACCACAUAUAAAUAUUGAUGAAAUACUAAACCCUUUAAUGGAUGAGGUGGUGAUCGUACCUCUGUUGAGCCGUGAAGUAUCACUUUCUUAUCCCGUGGAUAUACUUUUACGCCAUCCACAUGAGUCACCUAAAUGCGUUGACAAGUUUUUUCGUAACGUUGGCUUACUUCAUAAGCUCAAGGGAAAAACCGCAUUUGUGGAAUUUGCUAAUGGAAAUACAAAUAUUGAUACUACUAAAAUAUAUGAUAUUAUAUUUCGGCCAUGUCGUAUGUCUGUUCGUUAUCAGCAUCGUGCAUUGGAAUUAUUGGAUGAAAUGCGUCGUGAAUAUGUGUUUCCCAACAUAAAUCCUCAUAAAGCAGAACAACCCAGGGAUGUUAAAUUAGAAUUACUUAAUAGACAGAUUUGUGAGAAUCCCGAACAAUUACAAGCUGUACAACAGAUUGUCGGCGGUGCGAACCCUUAUGCUCCAUACAUCGUUGUUGGACCACCAGGUACCGGAAAAACGACCACAAUCGCUGAAGCCAUUUUACAGCUUUACAUUAACCGACCCCAAUGUCGGAUUUUAGUUACUGCCAGUACAAACUCGGCAUGUGACACAAUCGCUUUGAAAUUAGGUGAACAAUUUGAAAAUAAUCCAUUACUUCGAAAAUUAUCAUCACAACGUAGUGGUGUCGAUUUUAUGGGACGUCCAAACCCGCGCACCGAUAUGUUACGUGUUUUCUCAAAGUCAUAUGGUAAUAAAGAUAUGAAAAAUGUCAGUCUUAUCAUUUUGGAACAUUCGAAUUAUCCUACACUCAAAUACAAGUCACCAUCUUUGGAAUAUUUGAAAGAAUACAACAUAAUUAUAGUGACACUCGUGACUAUAGGUCGUUUACGUACUGGCACCAUGGGUGAUUUGCCAUUUACACAUGUUUUUAUUGAUGAGGCUGGUGCCACUAUGGAGACGGAAGCCUUGAUUGCCAUAACAAGUGUGGAUACGAAAAAUUGUCGUGUAAUCUUAUCAGGAGACACGAAACAAUUGGGACCGGUUAUCAUGUCACCGAUAGCCGCUGAACUCGGUCUGAAAUCUUCGCUAAUGGAACGUUUGCUCCAACGCAAUUGUUAUGCGGUCAGUACUGAUGGUACCUAUGAUUACACCUUACAGACACGUUUGAGACGCAACUUUCGUUCGCAUCCGGCAAUUGUGAAUAUCUAUAAUCAUCUCUAUUAUGACAACGAAUUAUUAGCCAAAGUCAAUUUAGAUAAUUUAAUGAGUUGUGAAAACAUAGAAAUUUUGAAAAAUAAAAACUUUCCAGUGAUUUUUCUACCAGUUUACGGAAAAGUUGGGAAAUCCUCAAAAUCUCGUAGUUCCUUUAAUACAUUAGAAAUCGAUGCGCUCAUUGGGACAAUUAAACAGUUGAGAGCGAAACCUGGCGAUAUUGGUGUAAUUUCACCGUAUAAAUUGCAAUGUACACUUAUAAAGCUAAAAUUGAAAGAAAAAAAUAUUCAAGGUGUUGAAGUGGGUACCGUGGAGCUAUUCCAAGGUCGAGAGAAGCACAUCAUAAUUGCCUCAUUUGUUAAAUCAUUUGGUAAUUUAGGCUUUACCGCCGAUCCGAAGCGUCUCAAUGUUGUCCUAUCACGUGCACAAUCACUGCUCAUACUAAUAGGCAAUCCACAAACUUUGCAGCAAAGUAAUGAUUUUGUAUAUAUAAUAAAUAAGUGCAAAAAUAUGGACAAUUAUACGAACAACGUGCAGAGAAAGUGCAAGCGAACCAAGAAGAAUGAAUUAUUCGCCAUUGCGGACUAAUUUUAUAAAUUUUUAAAGCAUGUCUCUUUAUUUUCAUACAUUCCCACAUAUAAACAGAUUUUAUUACUUAUAAAUAUAACUAAUUAAAUAAAAUACAUUCAUAAAUAUAUAUACAUAUUAUGUAUAACUAUGGACGUUG